AUGUACCCGAUCAAGCAAGUUUUUGUCUUCUUGAAAUAUGGAGAUUACCAAUGUGCAGAAGAUCAAUGGACUCUUAUGGAGAAUCGAAAUGCUUUUUCAAGAAUCUUGUUUCGACCACGUAUACUUAUCGAUGUAAGCAAGAUAGAUAUGACCACAACAGUUUUAGGUUUCAAGAUUUCAAUGCCUAUAAUGGUUGCACCUACAGCUAUGCAGAAAAUGGCUCAUCCUGAUGGAGAGUACGCAACAGCAAGAGCAUCAGCAGCUGCUGGAACUAUCAUGACAUUAUCCUCAUGGGCUACUUCCAGUGUGGAGGAGGUUGCUUCAACUGGCCCUGGUGUUCGAUUUUUCCAACUCUACGUGUACAAAGACAGGAGUGUUGUUACACAACUUGUAAAAAGAGCCGAAAAAGCUGGUUUCAAGGCUAUUGUCCUUACUGUUGAUACUCCAAGACUCGGUCGAAGGGAAUCUGACAUCAAGAACAGAUUUGUUCUCCCACAAAAUCUUUCAUUGAAGAACUUUGACGGGCUAAAUCUUGGCAAGCUAGAUAAGACAGAUGACUCGGGGUUAGCUUCGUAUGUUGCUGGUCAAGUUGACCGGUCUCUUAGUUGGAAAGAUGUGAAGUGGCUCAAGUCAAUAACCCCGUUACCUAUUUUAGUGAAGGGCGUAUUAACUGCUGAAGAUGCAAGGAUCGCAGUGCAAUCUGGAGUCGCGGGAAUUAUUGUGUCAAACCAUGGAGCUAGGCAACUUGAUUAUGUCCCUGCAACUAUUACGGCUUUAGAAGAGGUGGUGGAAGCUACGCAACGUAGAGUUCCGGUGUUUCUUGAUGGAGGAGUUCGGCGUGGGACAGAUGUCUUCAAGGCAUUGGCUCUUGGAGCAUCCGGUGUAUUUAUUGGGCGACCUGUCAUUUUCUCAUUGGCUGUAGAUGGUGAGGCUGGUGUGAGGAAGACUCUUCAAAUGCUGCAUGAUGAACUUGAGCUCACGAUGGCUUUGAGUGGGUGUUGUUCACUAGCAGAGAUAACACGCAACCAUAUUGUGGCGCCAUGGGACCCACUGCGUAUAGCUCCUAAGCUUUAAGCUGUAGCUGAAAAAUACGUGAUUAAUUGUUAUGGUUUGAGAGGUAGCUUAUGUUUGUUGUGAUUUGAAUUAGUGUCUUUGGUUCGUGUAUGGAUGAUAAACUAAUAAAAAUUUGGUGGAUCGGGUCUCGUUUUUUUAGAAAUCGGAUGUAUGUUUUUUAGAGGCGUGCAAAAGGAUCAUUGGUUUAGGUGUUUGUUUUUUCGAAGCGAAAAUUCAUAAAGUGUGCAGACCACCUCUGCAAUCCUGUAGCAAAAAAAAGUGGAACAAACGGCUGCAGU